GUACCGGUUUGUCCCUUCGACCACACGGUAACAGAAACACCCUAAAGAUUUGGAAAUAAUUGCUCGCAACUAUCAACGAAGCGCACCAGAACGAGCUGUGUUUCAGGAAAAAAUUAAAAGGUGGGGAAAUUUCCGGAUUAGCUACUUAGCUACAUGUGACUCAUUCAUUUGUGUUUUGUAUUUUGCAGUCAUGUCAGUCAACAUUCAUAUUAACAGCCCAAAUGUGAGAUAUACAGAGACACAUAUUGUGGCUCAGUAUUCCUACCAGACCACAUCAGUGCACACAGAAGGGAAUAAAAUUACGGUGACCCCUUGCACCACUGAGCUGACUUUUCGCACUGAGCGGCAUGUUCCCCGAUUGGGUGUGAUGCUUGUGGGCUGGGGGGGCAACAAUGGGACCACAGUUACCGCUGCUGUGUUGGCCAACAAGUUGGGCCUCAGCUGGAGGACCAAGACUGGAAUAAAGAAAGCAAAUUACUUUGGCUCCCUCCUGCAAGCAUCUACUGUUUGUCUGGGGUCUGGUCUAGAGGGCGAAGUAAACGUGCCUUUCCGUGACCUUUUGCCCAUGGUGCACCCUAAUGAUAUUGUCUUUGAUGGUUGGGAUAUUUCUUCACUGGAUCUUGGUCAUGCAAUGGAGCGAGCUCAGGUGCUUGACUGGUCAUUACAAGAGCAGCUACGACCGCACAUGUGCUGCCUGAAACCAAGACCUUCCAUCUACAUCCCAGAAUUUAUUGCUGCUAACCAGGAGAGUCGCGCUGACAACAUUCUUCAUGGGACUAUGGCAGAGCAGGUGGAGCAGAUCAGAGCUGAUAUCAGGGACUUCCAUCAGGCGAGCGGUGUGGAUAAAGUCAUUGUUCUGUGGACGGCCAACACUGAGCGCUACUGUGAUGUCAUAAUUGGGGUUAACGAUACAGCGAAGAACCUGUUGGCUACAAUCCAGGGUGGAGGAGAAGUUUCUCCAUCAACUCUGUUUGCAGUGGCCAGCAUACUGGAGGGCUGUGCCUACAUCAACGGCUCCCCACAGAAUACGUUUGUCCCUGGGGCUAUAGAGCUGGCUGUGGAGAGGGGCGUGUUCAUCGGAGGAGAUGACUUCAAAUCUGGCCAGACGAAGAUCAAAUCCGUGCUGGUGGACUUUCUGGUCAGCUCCGGCAUCAAGCCGACCUCCAUUGUCAGCUACAAUCACUUGGGGAACAACGAUGGAAAGAAUCUGUCUGCUCCUCAGCAGUUUCGCUCCAAGGAGAUCUCCAAGAGCAACGUAGUGGAUGACAUGGUCCAGUCCAACCCAAUCCUGUACCAGCCUGAUGAAAAACCUGAUCAUUGCGUGGUGAUUAAAUAUGUUCCCUUUGUGGGAGACAGCAAACGUGCCAUGGAUGAAUACACUUCUGAAAUAAUGAUGGGAGGGAUCAAUACCAUUGCACUGCACAACACCUGUGAGGACUCUUUGCUAGCAAGCCCAAUCAUCCUGGACCUUGUGAUCCUGACCGAACUUUGUCAGCGUGUGACUGUUCAGCCCCAGGGUGAAAAAAACUUCCAGUCCUUCCACAGUGUCCUGGCAUUGCUCUCGUUCCUCUGUAAAGCCCCCUUGGUCCCACUGGGGACGCCGGUCAUCAAUGCUUUUUUCCGCCAGCGUGCCUGCAUCGAAAACAUCAUGAGAGCGUGCCUUGGCCUUCCUCCUCAGAACCAUAUGCUCCUGGAACACAAGCUGCAGAGAGACGUACUGCCGACGCACACCAACUAUGUCAGCAACCACACAGCAGCUUUGAAAAAAGUUCCCCUCAUUAACGGGAACCAUACACUGAUAACAAAUGGCAUUGAGUCACAUGUUGACGAUGACCCACGCAUGUUUUGAUCCCAGAUGCAACACUGUACCCUGUAUAAAAUUGAAAUACAACUAGGUUUGUAUCAAAAGAACAAAAUCGCUCACUGAGCAAAAUAUGAUAGAAAACAAAAAAACAAAAACAAAUAUAGUCCUGGAUAAAACCAGCAUUUCUUACAGUAAUUUGCUGAAGGUUUUACAAAAAGGCACUGCCGCAUAAACACUUAUGCAAUAUUGAUUGAAACAGAGCAAAAGAUCUGUUGCAUAACACCUAAUGCUGGGCCAUAUUUUCUGGAGUAUAAGUCGCGUACUUGUUUAGAAGGCCCUGUGACUUGUACUCUGGUGCGACUUAUAUACCAAAAUUUCCCAAGUUUAUUAAUAAUAAUAAUUAUACGGCUAUGACAGUACGCGUGCGCCAAUUGGCUGAUUUCCGGUCUGAUAUUUUCCCAUAUCAGACCGUUACCAUGACAAUUGGUCCAGAUCGCGUAUCAGAUUUGGGACUUUGUCUACAAUUUUCAUGGCGUGAAAUAAAACAAAAAGUGAACAAAUAAAAUGGCGGAAUUAACAGCAAACGAGCUUGAAAUGGACAUGCAAAAUGAAGACCAACAAAAACACAGCUCCAAACAGUCAAGAAUAGAUUAAAAACUUUGUUACAAACAAGAAAGCUAAAAGCACGAUAAGAAAAA